UUUUUUAACUGUUGAUUAUUUAUCUUUUUUCCAAUUUUGCUGCUUGUUUUCUGGUAAAAAACGAUGUUUGUCAUUGUGAUCAUGAAUUGAUUGGUGUUAGACUAUCAUUAAAAACCUGAAAGCACUGUAUGACCGGUUCGUCCCAGUAUGGGACUCCUCAGGAAUGCACAUUCACGAUCCCACACGCAGGACUCGGACUCAGGACUUUCGGUUUCGCGCGCAAACGAUUACCCUUUAAUCCACGGAGUCGGUAUUCAACAGUAUUAAUGUAUAACUUCAAUCAAUUCACAAUAUCCGGCGACCAUCUUCCAUUGUUUUUUUGUAGGUAACUAUCUCAUGCUCGCCACGGUUGAACUCUACUGGUCACGGCUUCUCCUGGAACUGCGAAACUUCUCUCUCGAAACUAGCCACUGGUGUACACUUGAUAAUUAUCAGUAUAGGUUUGUAGGGAUUGUUAAGCUUUCUUAUAUUUUUAUUGAGAUCAUAUUAUUAUUGUCCCGAAAAUAAUAACUAUGACGCUCAUACACUCGAACCAAAGAAUAUUAUGCAUUUAAUCUGCUCUAGAUAAUUUACCAAUAUACGUAUACGAUGGGCACUUCUAACUGUAAAUGUGUUUGUCUUUUAUUAAAGUUAAAACGGCUCACAAAUAAAUGGUUAUUUGUCUGUUUGUCAAUUGGGUUGUUUUACACAAAACUACUCAUUCGGUAAUUAAAAAAAUGCCUGUAUUUUAACUGUAUGCAAAAUUUGUAACUUUAUUUCCAAUUUUUUUAGAUAAAGACACAGACAUGAUUUAGGAUCUGAUAAAAUUAUAUAUGUUGACUAUAGCUGCUAUAGUUUGUAUCAUCCUGCUGGACAGUGAAAAGAAAUUGACAAAAUGAAAUUCAAAGGGAUGAUACUAAUGUACCCUAACUACAGUAGAAAAAAUAGAUGUGAAAUGAGAAACGGUCUGUGACAGUGAAUAAAAUACACUUAAUGAUUCCAUAUUUUUGAUAUAAAGAAAAAUGACAAAUGCGUCUGUACUACUGACCAUGGCUAUUCUGUGAACCUCAGUAUGGAAACUUUCAUAUAUUAUGCUGGUCAAAGCAAUAAUUGGUAACAUUGGAAAUCUUAUCUGUUUUGGUUUAAAAUUUUCGCCAACUUACUGUUCUCCUAGCCAGCUAAGACUGCUUGAUUAGACGUUUGUAAGAGUUUAUACCGACCCCAUCAGUUGAUUUGCCAUCUUGAUCUAGUUUUAUCCGACUGGAAUCAGGACUACUCACCUGGUGACUUCAAAAUGUUCGAACAAUUCCUUGAAAACACCUAUGAUUUAAUACUUGCAAUAUACUUAUGUCUACUUUAAAAUGAACUCAUUUUGUUGGUGAGAUAGUUUAUCACUGAUAAAAAUAAACGAAACAUCAUAAUUUCAAUUGACUCAUGAUCUCAACAAUUGAAAUUACUAAAAUCUCCACAAAACGCCCUUCUAAAACAUAAAUGUAAUCUCCGUUUUGUUGAUGCUUUAAAAAAAGUACACACAAAAACCCGCUUACGUAUUCGUAUGGAUUAAAAAAGUUUUUACAUAAAGCCCUGUCAAUUAAUGUUCCAUUUCCCAGCCCAGUUUAUCAUUCACAUUAUCCUAGCUAGUUACAUUUUCUCUUUCACAUUUACAGUCAUGAUCAAUAAUCAAACAACUUUGAAUUUUUAAUUUUCUUUAUGAAAUCAAUCACUAGCUCCUUUUAAAUAGGACUUGGAUUUUUAUCACAUCACAGCAAGAUUUAUGAGAAAUGAAAUAGAUCCAUUUAGUUGAUUAAUUAUUCUGUUGUGAAAUAAUAUACCUAUGUUUACUGCGUAAUCAACACUCGUUAUUCAAAUGUAUCUACAAACUCUACAAAACUUAUUUCUCUCUAUAAUCCCAGUAUUUCCGAUUCGGAACCACAAUUCCUGUAGUUUAUAUUAUGACUCAACUUCACUCAGACAACCAAUAGUUCUCAACAUAUUUCCCAUAUUAGCACAUAAGUGAUGAGGUAUACUAGAAGUCACUUGUAUUCAAGAAACAAACUAAACUGUAGAGACUCAUUGUUACAAAUGAUAUCCCAGAUCACUGUUACUGAGAUCGUAGUUACUUUAUACAACCCACAUUCAUCAACAGUCAUUUGAAAGUUUUCAUAUUGAAAAUGUUGUUCAGAAAUCACACUAUCGCGUUCAUGUGGGAAAUAUUGUAAUAUUUUGUCCUGAUUAUACAUUUAGAUCCUCCAGUCUUCUGAACUAGCCAUUCUGUUUUGGGGCUGCUUUGUGUAAAUACUUAUGAUUUGCUACUGGUAGCCAUAAUACACAAUCAAAGUGAAAGUUUCAUUAAAUUUAAAGUAAUUUUUAAAGUUAUAAAUUAACCAAUAAUGUAACUCGUUUCCCAUGUGCUAAUUAAUAUACUCGGUUUUGUAGGAUAUUCUCUGUGUAAUAAGAGCUAAUGAUACUGCCCAUUUGCACUAAAACACAGAAUGAGGUGAGAGGCAGAUCUAACGGAUGAGAAAUCCUAACCCUCUAACUGCUAACUCAUCAGUCUUAACCUGCGCGAAUUAUAUCACUAAAAGUCCUUCAUAAAUCAAGUUUAUGAACUUAUCAACCAUGUAUUAUGCUUGAUUGUUAAUAUAUCGCCGCCAUCUAUGCUUUGAAAGCAUAACUUUGUAGUGAACAAUUAAGGUACUUGCAUUUAUAGUCUAUUUUACUCUGAAAAGUAAAUUAUUCUCGUGUCAUUUCUUACCAUUUUUGUUACCAAUGACUGUUAACUUGAUAAUAUCACGGACUAUUAUACCUAAUAUUUUAUGGUUGGACAAAGUUCGUUAAAUCUUCACUGCAAUAUCGAAGCUUAUCUUAUGCUCAGUAUCAUCUGAUUUUAAAUUUAACUGCAGUGGCAUACUAUAAUUUUAUUUCAAUAUGUAUAUUGACGAAUAAGGAUAGCAAAUAUCUGAGAAAUGAUACCAAUAAUUAUCUCAGUUACAACAAUCUCACAUUCCCGUGAUAUUCCCAAUAAUUAAUUACUUCCCAGAGUAGAGUAUCAGCUUGACGAUAACCACAUUAUUUUUCUGCGAACACUAUCAAUGUCUGUCGAUUUUAUUGUUUUUUCUGCAGUGGCCACAUCUAGCCCAAACGCUGUUCUUAUUCGAACGUCUAGUUCUGGUUGCCUCACAGUUAUUAAUCCAUCAGGUACAACUAGUGAAUUAUCUCAUAUUAAUUCUGGACAACAUUCACUACACGGUGCUAAUGACAAUUCAUCAUUAUCUAUUUCUUCAACAACCGUGUCUAAACCUGUUCUCACAGUAAUACCAAAUCCCACGGGAACACAAACAAAAAUUAUCCGUCCAAGUUUAGCUCAGUCACCUAAAGUUGGUCUUAUUCCUAAUAGUCAACUUCAAACACGAUCCAAUGUACCAGUCACUCAACAGUAUCAACCAAGACCAACUAUACAAUCAAACCCUACACCUGUAAUUUCAAAAGUCCAAAGUUUCGCACAAGGUGAAGUACUACAAAUAUCUGAUAAAGACAAUAAAGUACCUGAAACGUCUACUACUUCUAACACUACCACUACUACUACGACUACCUCUACUACUAGCAAUAAAAAAGGUGGUGAAGUGAAAUCUUCUGAAGUUCAAGCUCAAAUUGUCAGCGGUCUAACUGAUAUAGCGAAUCGUUACUUAUCAACUGUAAAACAUGCAAUUCAAUUGGCAUCUAAAAGACCGGAAGCUGCUGGUUGUGUUCGAAAAUAUAUUAAAUUAAAAGAUAUUUUAGAACAUCCAGAGGCAAAUUUAAAUGUACUAUCAUUUGCACAACUUCCAUUAAUUGAAAAAUUAUUACAUGAGAUAGAACGAAAUCCAAUGCAUUUAGUUGAAGAGCAUCUUCAACGUCAAGCUAAAGCAAACGCUGCAAUUUCUUCUCAUGGUACAUCAUCGUCAUCAUCAUCAUCUACAAACACUAGUAAAAUCAGUACAAUAGGUCAUAUGCAAUCACAAAAACAAGAUAGUCAACAACAACAGUCUCAGCAGUCACAACAAAUUUCACGUCAUCAUUUGAAUCAACAAUCGUCCCAGUCACAUUCUGUUCCAGCUUCGAAUCAACAAAAACAUUCAACUGUUAUUAGUCAACAGUCAUUAAAUCAUUUUCAAGUCCCGACUACUAAUUUAAACACACUUCUAUCUCAACCUUUCGAUGCUCCAAGUCCAACCGGUGUAGUAGACAUUCAGCAACAAGGUAUUCAGCCUCGACCACCUACUCAUUUCUCACCAGCUGGUAUAAAUCCCACUAUCUCAAGUACUCAAAGUUCUGAUAUAUCAACCAAAACAUCAACAGCUGUAUCAGGAUCAGUUGUGGAACAUGGUCGAUUGACACAUCCUAAUCGUGUUACUACAUCAGCUUCUCUGCUUGGAUCAUCUACUCAAAGUAAUACUGAACCAACAGGAUUUUAUGCUAGUUUACAGUUAUUAGCUACAGAAUUCGAGAGAAUGUCUGACCGUAUGUCACAAGAUCAAGCUUAUUCUCGUCGAAUUUCCAGAGCGAUUCAUGAAAUUUCACUGGAGACGAAAUCGUUCAGAGAAAGUAUUGGAUUUUGUCUACCUCAAGAUACAGAUCAAUUUGUUGGGCAUAAUAAUAAAUGUACCCUAACAACUGUUGAUGAUUAUUCGAAUAAAACAAAUCUAUUAAUUACAACGUCUAAUUUAACUGGUAACAAUGAUAAUAAUGAUACUGUUUUGAAUUCAUUAAAACGUAAACAUUCUUGUGACGAUGAUGAUAGUAACAAUAUCAGUCAACCAAAUACCACUGGGUUAAAUUCUUUUGUGAAAUCGAAUGAGCAAAUAGAUGAACCAAUAAUUAAUAAUACUGUGUCAUUGUCCCCGUCAUCUUCAUCUUCAUCAGUGAAUGAAUAUGAACCGAAAGCGAAGAGAGUAUGUGUUAGUUCCGUAUCUGGAAAUGAAAAAAAUGAAAAAUCCAAUUCGCAUAUACAACACCCGGCAUCGAUUAAUACUACUACUAGUAGUAAUAGUAAUUCGGAUGAAUUACAAACACCCACACUAUUAACUGAUAAGGAUGGUGCUGGUAUUUUCUUACCUACGUUGUCUUCACCGUUAUCAUCGUCUGUAAUUAAAACUGACCAUCAGGGGUUAAACGGUUCAUCCGAGAAAUUGUUUUUACAAACAAAUAUAGUGUAUAAUCCAGAAUCUGAUCCAUUAGAACAAUUUCCUACAGAUCAAUUAAAUCGAUUGAAUCCAAAAAUUCUCAUUGAAAUAACUAAAUUACAAGCAUUAAAUAUUCAAGUUGAAGGCAAUUCACAUCCCCCAUGUAUUGAUGAUAUGGAAAGUUACGCUACAUGUUUAGAUGCUGGUGAAUGGAAUACAAGUUGUCAUUUAAAAUUAACUUAUUUAGAUAAGGCACGUUAUUUACCAUGCGAAUUGCCAGAGUUCUAUAUUCGAUUAACUCCAGACUAUUUACAAACUGGUCAAUUAAAUUGGUAUUACUUACCAAAAUUGAAAUUUCUAUCUUCAUUAAACAAUCCAAAUAAAGAUAAUGUAAAUCAUUUGGAGAAUUCUGAACGAUAUUUAAAUUUAUAUUAUGAUGAAUUAAAUAAACAAUUUGAUCGAAUGAAACAAUUAACAGAUCAUCGAAAGAGUUUAGUAAAAAUUGGUAAAACGUGGACCAGUGUCAUCUGUGCAUCAAUGGCUCGUUUUUAUAAAUUUGAUCAUAAUUUGUUAAUAAUUACAACUAUCAAAUCAACUCAACAAAAUAGUCAAUUAGUUUAUUAAAUAAAAUGUGAUAUCUAUAUAUACAUUCAAUAUGUUUUGAAAAUAACAAACAUGAGUAUAAAAUAUAUCUUUGUUUAUUUUAAUGAUAAAAUGUUAUAUCAAUUGAA